AUGCCGACCGCCAUAAAUGCAGUGGUGGCUCAGCAAACGGCUGCUGGGUCAGUCCCCAGCACCACUGCUGGCACUACGGAGGGGGCAGGAGGGGGCACAGGGGGUAUUUAUUCUGCCAUUAUAAGUCGCAAUCAGCCCAUUAUCCACGUAAAGGAGAAGACAUAUGAAGAGCUUCACAAGAAGUGCCUGGAGAAAAACAUUCUCUAUGAAGAUCCUGAUUUCCCCCCAAAUGAGUCGUCCCUUUUCUACAGCCAGAAAAGCCCUGUCAAGUUUGAAUGGAAAAGACCACGUGAAAUCUGUGAGAAUCCACGGUUUAUUAUUGGUGGAGCCAACAGAACAGAUAUCUGCCAAGGAGAAUUAGGUAACUGCUGGUUUCUGGCUGCCAUUGCUUGCCUGACGCUGAAUAAAAAACUACUCUGUAGAGUCAUUCCUCAUGACCAGUCCUUUAUACAAAACUAUGCUGGAAUCUUUCACUUCCAGUUCUGGCGCUAUGGAGACUGGGUGGAUGUCGUCAUCGAUGACUGCUUACCCACCUACAACAACCAGCUGGUCUUUACCAAGUCCUCCCAGCGCAACGAGUUCUGGAGCGCCCUCCUGGAAAAGGCCUAUGCCAAACUCCAUGGGUCAUAUGAAGCUUUGAAGGGAGGCAACACCACUGAAGCCAUGGAGGAUUUCACUGGAGGAGUCACAGAGUUCUACGAGAUAAAGGAUGCCCCCAAAGAUAUCUAUAAAAUCAUGAAACAUGCCAUUGACAGAGGAUCCCUCAUGGCCAGUUCCAUUGAUGAUGACCUAGGAUUUUCCUAUGGAUCAGCUCCUCGGAGCAACAUUGGGGAACUGAUUGCUCGCAUGGUGAAGAAUCAAGAAAAUGCACAGAUGACUCAGUCCACUGUAGACUACCAGGGCAUUGAGGAGAGGCCAGCCUGGACCAUAAUGCCGAUGCAGUACGAGACACGGAUGUCCUGCGGGCUCGUCAAAGGGCACGCCUACUCCGUGACGGCCGUGGAAGAGACAGUAUUUAAAGGGGAAAAAGUACGUCUGGUAAGGCUGAGAAACCCCUGGGGCCAGGUGGAAUGGAAUGGAGCCUGGAGUGACAAGUCAGAGGAGUGGGACUCUGUUAACAAAGAAGAGAAAAUCCGCCUGCAGCACAAGGUUGUGGAGGAUGGGGAGUUCUGGAUAUCAUUUCAAGAUUUCAUGAGGCACUUCACAAAGCUUGAGAUCUGUAACCUCACACCUGAUGCUCUGGAAGUGGAUAAAUUCCAGACCUGGACCGUGUCAGUUAAUGAAGGACGCUGGGUGAGAGGCUGCUCAGCUGGAGGCUGCCGCAAUUAUCCAGAUACAUUUUGGACCAAUCCCCAGUAUCGCUUGAAGCUCCUGGAGGAAGAUGAUGAUCCUGAGGAUGAAGAGGUUAUCUGCAGCUUCCUUGUUGCACUCAUGCAGAAAAACAGGAGGAAAGAGCGCAAGCUGGGAGCCAACCUGUACACCAUUGGCUUUGCCAUCUAUGAGGUGCCCAAAGAGAUGCAUGGUACUAAGCACCACUUGCAGAAGGAUUUUUUCCUCUACAAUGCCUCCAAAGCUAGAAGUAAGACUUACAUAAAUAUGCGAGAAAUCUCUGAGCGCUUCCGGUUACCUCCCAGCGAGUACGUCAUCAUUCCAUCAACAUAUGACCCCCACCAGGAGGGAGAAUUCAUCCUCAGGGUCUUCUCAGAAAAAAGAAGUCUUUCAGAGGAGGUUGAAAACAUGAUUGAGGCAGAACGUCCAUUGGUAAGUACUAAGAAAAAGGGCAAGCCUAUCAUCUUCGUUUCUGACAGAGCAAACAGCAAUAAGGAGCUGACAGUAGAAGAAAAUGCUGGCAAAGAUGGUGAAAAAACCCAAGCAGAUGAGAAAAAGCGUUCUUCAACAAAAGCUCAUGAGGAGAGCGAAGAGCAAAAACAGUUCAGGAAUAUUUUCCGACAGAUUGCAGGGGAUGACAUGGAGAUCAAUGCUGAGGAACUUAGGAAUGUUCUCAAUAAUGUCGUAAAAAAACAUAAGGACCUAAGGUCAGAAGGGUUUGAAUUGGAAUCCUGUCGCAGCAUGAUUGCUUUAAUGGAUACAGAUGGCUCAGGGAAGAUAAACUUUGAUGAAUUUCGACAUCUCUGGGACAAGAUUAAAAGCUGGCAGAAAAUUUUCAAGCGCUAUGACACAGAUCAUUCAGGAACCAUUAACAGCUACGAGAUGCGCAACGCAGUCAAUGAUGCAGGGUUUCGGCUGAACAACCAGCUCUACGACAUCAUCACCAUGCGCUACGCCGACAAGAACAUGAACAUUGAUUUUGACAGCUUCAUCUGCUGCUUCGUGCGCCUGGAUGCCAUGUUCCGGGCAUUCCACGCCUUUGACAAAGAUGGAGAUGGCAUCAUUAAGCUCAAUGUCCUGGAGUGGCUGCAGCUCACGCUGUAUGCGUAACACCAGAGCCAGUGGCCACCUCCAUCAAGAUCACACUGAAGAUUCCAUGGACUAGCACUAUUCAGCCCAAGGGCAAUUCCUAAUAAUGGCAUUCACUCCUCAAGAUGAACAGCACAUGGGAAGAAGCCCUUGGAAAAAGAGACAACCACACUGUAGUGGACAGCACAGUACGCAUAUUUCGUAACUACUUUUAU